AUGAAAAGUAACAGAGAACCCGAGAACGAAGUAAAGCAACUGGACCGUUCGAGUAAAAUUGCGAAGCUGUCGCCGAUGAUGGAUGAGCACGGAAUCCUUCGAGUAGAUAGUCGGAUCGGCGAUGCAAGAUACCCGAUCAUCCUACCACAUGAUCAUCGUGUGGCGAUGCUACUGCUGGAUUGGUAUCAUGUUGAGGACACGCGUACGCCUGACGAAGACUCGAUGCAUGUGGUGUCGAGUGUACAAGUCCGUUCCAGUGGCACCGAAGAUGGGACCGCUACCAAUGGUAAGAUUAACGCCGCAUCAAGCAGCCUGUCAUCCGAUUCGUGCAAAAAAGCAAUGCGCAGGUUCAUUGCGCGACGUGGAGCUCCUCAAGAGAUCUACUACGACAACGGUACCAAUUUUGUCGGGGUCAGCCGGGAGCUGAAAAGGGAAAUCGAGGGAAUCAAUGCAAAGUUAAGCAGUACCUUCACGGACACCUAUACGCAGUGGAGGUUCAACCCACCCUCAGCACCACACAUGGGAGGCUGCUGGGAACGGAUGGUUCGGUCCAUCAAGUCGGCUUUGGUCAUGGUUCCCACGGAACGUAAGCUGGAUGACGAAUCGCUGGUGACAGUCUUUGCAGAAGCGGAAAAAAUGAUCAACUCUCGGCCUUUGACCUUCGUUUCGCUGCAGACGUCAGACCAGGAAGCGAUAACCCCAAAUCACUUCCUGCUGUUAAGUUCAACUGGAGUACAACAACCGAUAAAGCAGCCUGUAAGCGAAGGAGAGUCAUUGCGGAGCAGUUGGGACAUGAUGCAGCCCACGUUGGACAGGAUCUGGCAAAAGUGGAUCACCGAUUAUCUGCCGACGAUAACAAGGAGGACCAAGUGGUUCCAAAAUGUGCGAUCAGUCAAAGAGGGUGAGUUGGUAGUCAUAGCGGAUGAGAAGGUCAGGAAUAGGUGGUUGAGAGGUCGGGUAGUGCGUACGUUUCCUGGAAAGGAUGGGACCGUGCGACAAGUUGUUGUGACUUCAGGUGGUACACUACGGAGACCAGUCAUCAAGCUUGCACUACUAGAUUUGGAACCCGAAGAUGACGCCAAAGCAGAAACUGGGGCGACAUGA